AUGACUUCCCACGUUUCACCACAGAGCCGCGAUUCAACAUCGUGAUAUAACCCUCAAGUCUCCAGCUUGUCGUCUUAAACGCCAUGUUUGGCGCGGGUUGACGUUGCGACGAAUGCCAAAAUAUAAAUACGAAUUGACAGUGAACUACAAAUUGGCAUCAAGGCUCAAGGCUGUGCUCUCGUAUCAUUUACAAUAUUUGGUCGUAAAACGAGAACGCUUCUAAGCUUUCGGGACUCCCCAAGAAUGAUUUUCAGGUAAAUAAAUAAAGGUGAAAAUGCUCUUCACAAAUUAUUUUUUUUUAAAUGUAAGACUAAUUGUUAAGACGGUUUCAAGUAAUAACAAAGUGUAUAAUAUUUGCCUUGAAAUCAUCUCUUCAGUCGACCAUUUUAGACUCUUGGAGCACUUGCAAAUUAUAAAGUUAAGUAAAAGGUCAAAAAAAUUUAGAGUUUAAUUUUAAAAAUAAUGACACAAGUCUAAGUAGAACUAGUUGGAAGUUGGAGGCUGAAAAAAAAAAGAUUGGGGGGGGGGGCAUUGACACAGAAUGGAGUUUUAACACAUUUGUAAAGGCUAAUUAAAUAUUUUCAUCAUUUUAUUUUUAGAUUCAGUUGACUUUAAACGAUUAUCAAAAAUGACAAUUUUUAAUGGUAAAGAAAUCAAAUGAAGCACAUUAGAUUGAAUUAGAAAAAUAUUAUUUUAAAAAAAUGAUUUAUUUGUGACCCGUCUAAUAAUGAUACAUUUGUUUAAAAUUUGAAUGUUCAAAUAUUUAAUGUACGGGUGACAGAACCUUAACUAUCUGGUGCGCAUAAAUGUAAAUUUUCUACAACCGCUUGACACGAAAUAUAUUUUAAUUGAUAGCGGUGCCAUAUCUUCACAUCGCAUAAGUUAAAUUAAGUUUAGCGGGGGUUUUUUUUCAAUUAGCUCCGUGUGAUCAUUUGACAAAGCUUAGAGUUAACCCCGUACUGUAACAUUGAUCAGCGCGAGGGAAAGGGGGAAGCAGAAAUUGAUGGUGCCGAAGAGUCUCUAGCAAAAUCGGAGUGCGUUUGAUUUAUUCAAAUUGCAGAGAUGCAUUUUGGAGCAUUUGAUGUUUCUUUCAGAUAAUUUAGGAGGGGGCUUUUCGGGUGGGAGCGCCAAGAUUGGCCACCUCUAACUUCAACCAAGCCUAACAUGCACUAAAGUCAUUCCAAAUUUGUCACCCUUAAAGGUAUGAUUUUUGCCCCAGCCUAGUAUCGACUGUUAAAUCUUUAUAUUUCCCAGAAAAUUUUUUGAUAUCUUCAGAAUGCAAGAAUGCAUUUUAGCACACACCUGGGUUUAAUUUUGCACCAUUUUACAUUUGAUCGGAGAGCAACGGGAGAUUGACAAGUUAAAAAUUUAGGUUUCAUUUGACCUCAAAGCCAUCAUGUGGGCCCUGCAACCCCAAGUGGAAAUGGGCCUGAAAAGUGGCAGGAGGCCUCGGAAAGUCAAGCAGCGGCUGGCAUUGAACUGAUUUUGCAAUAAUAAACAUAUUUUUUAUGCUACUAAGUAGUAAAGUAUAUUUUAAUUUUUAUUUUAACUAUUUUUGGGGUACUGGACUUAGUUAAAACUUAAAUUUCAACUUAUAAAAAAAAUAAAAUUCCUUCCAAAAUAAAAGAUUUUCAUCACAAAAAGCACUGUUAACAUCAUUUACAUGUUGAAAGCAACUGGUAAAUAAUCUUAAUUAUGAUAAUUACAUUUCUUAAAUAUUUCAAAGUUUUAUCUGAGCCAAAAAGAAAAAAAAAAUGAUUUUUUUUAAAGGUUUAUAGAUUUUUUUUUUUUUUAAAAUGGUCAUUUUUAUAAAUUGUAUUUAUUACGUUUUUAUUAUCUUAAUAAGGCAUGACAAUUCUUACAAAAACAUCAUAUAUUUAAUAAUAUGUCAUUUUAUCUGCGGUAAAUCGAAUAAAAGAAAGUAUCAAUUUCGCAACAUUCAGUUGAUUGAAUUUUUUAUUUGAAAUUUCAAACUGCCAUAACUUUCUUCAGAUAAAUUACUUAUUACUUCUUCAGUAACACAUAAUAACACAUAUUAUUUUACCAAAUCCAAAGAAUUUAUUUUUAAAUUGACAAUAUAGAAAGAAGAAAAGUUUCUAUAUCUAGUACCAAAAGAUGGAAGAGGCAUGAUAAUCAAGAAGCUAGUCCACAAAAAAUAUUUUUUACUUCUUCGAUUUCUACUGGAUUUUUGUCUAGAACAUGUUAAUUUUAAAAACAAAUGCAAGCAAAUGGAUUUGGCAAAUAUUAUUCUGAAAUUAAAAGACAUUUUUAGUUGAGAAUUUUAGAAAUACAGGCUAAGUAUUUUUUAAAAAAACUCUAUCAUUCAGGAAACUGUGUUACAAAAAUUGCACAUUUAAAGAAUACACACGCUUUCGAUUUGAUAACAAUGAGUGAAACGUGCACUAGGUGAAUGCACCCAAGGAAAAGAGUAUAUUAAAAUGUAUGCUAAUAAAUAUAUUUUAACGCAUACUGUUUGAGUUCGAUGGUAUAACAAACUCAUCGACAGAACAACUGCCAUGGUAGUUUCAAAACUAAACUAUGAUUUCAUGUACCAACUAUACAGGCUUGCUCUGCUCUCUGUGCUCCUGCACUGUGCUCUGCCAUACUCGACCUUCAGGGCUAAGAUCCCCAACGGGGAGUACGUGCCCCACCCGUGUAAGCCGUUCAACACCUGGGAGGGGGUUGGUCACUUCAUGGACGUGGGCACCGGCCUGAGGAAUAAUUUUGGGGCAGAUUUCAACGCAGCGGGAAAUGUGAGUAAAAUGUUCGAAGGAUCGUAAGUUUACCUCUGUUAGUAAUUUGUUUCAUGAGCGUGCAUUGUGGUUCGUGUUUUGUUAUACUUGAUUCGUUAGUGAGCGCAUUUGGUGUGGAGUGUGCGCUUUUGGUUGAUGCCCCUUGUUUGGUACGAGAGACGACUUUGUUUGUUGUUAUGGAUCGGCAGUUAUUAUGCAUAGUGAAAGCUGAAGGAAUGAUGUACUGAGAACAUGAUGUGUUUGGAGAUAUACUUGAUGAAAGAAAUUUACCCUAAGCAAAAAAUUGAUUCAUAAAAGCUUGCCCCAGAUGAAAUAACAACCGGAAAGACUUCGUACAGGUUGAAGCAGUAAGUAAUAUACGUGAUAAGUAGAGGAAAACCUGAAGAAAGACAAUAAAAAAGGUGGACGAUUCUGUCAAGAAGACAUCAAUAGCAAAAAUACAGAGAUAGACAAACUCGGCUUGCAGAUGUGAAUAUGACAGGAACGGUAGGCAUAUCCAAUGAUAAAAGAGUCCCAGGAAAAGGUAGAUAUAUCCAAUAACAGAAGAGUCCCAGGGAAAAAUAAAUAUAUCCAACGACAGAAUGGUCCCAGAAAAAGGUAGAUAUAUUUAAUGACCGAAGAGUCCCAUUAAAAGGCACACAUAUCCACUAACAGAAGUGUCCGAAAAAGGUAGACAUAUCCAAUGGCAGAAGUGUCCCAGGGAAAGGUAGACAUGUCCAAUAACAGAAGUGUCCCAGGAAAUAGACAUAGGCAAUGAAAGAAGAGUUCCAUAUAUAAACAAAGUUUCAAGGAUCGUACAUUUAACAAUAUAAAAGGUAAUUUUUCGAUUACAGCAAUGGACAUCGGCUUUGUGCAAGAAAGAUUCAGACGGAGAUGGACUAACCAAUGGUCAAGAGCUGGGUGACCCUGACUGCAUUUGGAAACCUAAUACAUUACCUACGCGUACAACAGGACUAUCCCAUCCCGGUCAGUAAAAUAUAAAUGGACUGAAUUAGCUUGACUUUUAAGAACACAAAAAAAAAGUGGUUUAAUAAAAAAAAAUGAUGUAGAUUGUAGAAGAACUGAGUGAAAAUAAAGAAAUAAGUAGCUUUAAGAUGACAUUUUUUGUUCAAAAUCCGUUUCUACAAGCAGGAUACAAGCAGGAUAGAUUCUAAUGUGGGACACCUGGACUACUGCAGAAUCUCCCCCUUCGCCCCCCCCUCCUCCCCAACAAAAAAAAAUAUUUAAAAAAAAUCCCCCUGGCGACACACUUGUAUAAAGGAAUAGAAUCUAAAUGUGACAUUGUUUUACUUUCGUUUUUGACUACCUCUGGCUUUUUUUUGUUUUGUUUUGGUCAGGCCGUGUCUAUUUUCGUCUUAACAAUUUGGGUAGCAGCGCAACCCGUCUUGAUUUCAUAACGAUGCCAGCAAACCCAUCUCAUUUGAAGACAUGCUCUUAACGAUAGAGAACGGCUAGCGGCUAAUGAGAAGACCAAAAAAACAACUGUUUUUCUUGGUCCUCCGUCGUCCCCUGUCACUACCUCCCCAAUGGGGUGCGGACCCCUCCCCCCCCCCUGAUUAAGAACCCCUGCUUUAGAGAGUCAAUCACAACAAGCUUCAAAUUAACUUUCCUCCAUGCAAUAGACCAACGGGCAUUGCAUUUCGACAAUAUAAUUUUGUUAUAAUUUUACUCCACUUUUAACUUGCAGGAAUAUGCGAUCCUUGGGAUUCUCUUUCAUGUCAGCAGAAGGCUCUGACCCACCCGGUGUACAACACCCAGUCGGAAUGGCUCGAAGACACGUGCAAGUCUGAUGAGUUCAUGUGUGCGGCCAAGCAUGAAGCAGGUACGUGGCGAAUGGUUGACGUGUAUGAGCAGUGCUCGGAGUCCAAAGUUGGUGGGGAAAGUAACUCCAAACGCCUGGCGUAAGCAUAGUCGUUAUCAAUAAUGAACAUCACGCGACUAUAAUAAAAAGGGGAAGGGGGAGAAAGGUGAGAUUCACUCAUUUUUUUACGAUGUGUUUCUAAUUUAUGUAAAAUUUUUGAUAAUGGGAAAAAUUGGGGAGAAGGGACGUAAAAUUUGGUCGAAAUGGCGGGACGUCAUUUAAUGGAAGAUCCCAAUAGGUGGUGGAGUGGGUCAGUCCAACCUAUAGAUAGGCUAUAUUUAAGGUUUGUGACUGAUGUGUCUUCUGUUUUGUUUUGAGUUUUCGUGAUUGAUGGGACGGAAAAGUUAAGACCCUUACCUGCCCCUCUAAGGACGUCACAAAUUCUAAUUCACUACUGUGAUCUCAUAAGUUGUUUGCCUUAUUCAUUUUAAUACAAAUAUUCAGAAAUUUGUUUUUUUUUAAAAUAUAUUUUGUUUUUGUUUUUAUAAAAACAAUUUCUCCCAUUUUAAUUAUUAGCCAAUUAAUUUUUUAUUUUUUUUACCAGGAAUGAGAAACAUCACCCUGCGUCAUCCACCUGGUACUAAAAUCCCACCGCAGGAAACGUCCUACCUGUGCCAGGUGAUUGACCUAGAAAAGAUUCUACCCCCAGGCGACUACCACAUGACAGCCGUGGAACCCAUCGUGGACAACGGCUACGCCCUCCAUCACAUGGUUCUAUUCGGGUGUGAAGGUAAACAUGUGGGCGGUGUUCCUUAACUAUAGAAUUGACUCGAGUUGAGUCUGUUGUCUUGGAGAUCUCGACCAAGAAUUGAGUAGCAACAAUGAGUUUGCCAAUGCACAAGAUUUAGUAAAGAAAAGGUUUUUGGAAAUAAGAGUUUCGAAACUGUAUUAAUUAGUUCUAUCCAUUAAAGUGAAAAACAACACCUCGGGCAUGCCGUCAUAAGGCCAGUGCAGGGUUUAACUGUAAGCGAUACAGGCGGACGCCUGAGAAAUAUUUUGUUAAAGGGUGGCGAAUUCCGGUAAACUAAAGAUGGGUGGCCGAGCGGUAUAAACGGAGUCAAUCCAAAAAAAAGCUGGUGGUCUGGAGUUCAAUCCCCACCAAAGCCCUGGCAAGCAUAAAACAUCACCAUCACCCCGGGGAGAUGGGACUCGUUAAACUUGGAUGGCAACCCAGCCAAAAACAAAACAACAAAAAAGCAAACACUGAAUUCAAACCCGGAGAUGGUGUGCCGUAAGGCGGAUAACACUGACACAAUGAACGACUCUGGCAACUCCUGCAACGCUAAUGGUGCCUAGCUGUAUCAUCCCCACACGAUGUUCCCUUGUGUUAUCCCGAUGCGUGGAGAGAGAUGAUUUAAUUUCGAAGGAACCAGCUUUUCAUCUUAAAGAAAAAACCCAGGCCUUGUGAUUUCGUCCUGCGAAGUCUACACCAUCGUCACAUUGUUACGGACAAGUCUACACCAUCGUUACAUUGUGACGGACAAGUCUGCACCAUCGUCACACUGGGACGGACACGUCUACACCAUCGUCGCAUUGUGACGGGCAAGUCUGAACCAUCGUCCACUGUGACGGACACGUCUACACCAUCGUCCAUUGUGACGGACAAGUCUACACCAUCGUCCACUGUGACGGACAAGUCUACACCAUCGUCCACUGUGACGGACAAGUGUACACUACUGUCCACUGUGACGGACAAGUCAACACCAUCGUCCCACUGUGACGGACGGAUGCAAGAAGACAAAAAAUUUGUUUAUUAUUUUUAUUUAAAAUCUUCAUUUUGUUCUUCUUCAUUAUUAGUCUCUGCUUAAUUGAUUUUUUGCUUAAAAGUACUUUGUUUUGUAAAAACUCGCUACUUUUUUUUUCCGAAAAUAUCACUUUGAACUUAUUCUCAAUAACAUUAUAGAAUUUAUUGAAUGUUGCCGAUUUCUAAUGAUAAUAAGUAAUAGUUGUUUUUUUUUUUUUUAAAUUAUACGCCGCGUAAUUGUUUCAAAUUAAUUAAUUUUAUUUUUGUAGCUGUAAACCGAAAAUGCCACCCCUGACAAAAAUAAAGAAAAUAGUUGUUUUUUUUUUUUUAAAUUAUACGCCGCGUAAUUGUUUCAAAUUAAUUAAUUUUAUUUUCGUAGCUGUAAACCGAAAAUGCCACCCCUGACAAAAAUAAAGAGAGCCAGCCGGGAAGGGGGGGGGGCGAGCCAAUCCAUGCCAAUAUGCCCAGACCGCUUCAUACGGCCCUGGUUAGACUACUUAUAAAUUGUAAUUUUAAAAAAAAAAUUGUUACUCAACUAAUUGGGAUCAACGUUCUGAUGAAACCAGUGGGAGGAAGGGGGGGUGCAUUUUUAGGCUCCUCCCAGUGGCGCAGCUUUCCCAUGGCUGUGUCCUGUUGGUAAAGAAAAGGGGUUUUAAGUUUUAAAAAUAUCUAUCUUUCUUAAAAUCCCGAAACAAAGUCAAACAUUUCUGACAUUAUGGCCUAACAUUCAGAACUCCUACCUGGGAAGUUAUUUAAUAAGAACUACACGACUUUUCCACUCAUCCAGCUUUUCAUUAAACCAAAAACAACGAACAGCGACAUAAAUGUAGUCUUUAAUCAAAUAUAACCACAAAGGCUAGAAAAUAACCAUUCAACGGCUGUUGUCGGUUGGCACAAGAAUAUAACCAUUCAACGGCUGCAGCCGGUUGGCACACAUGACAUUGAUUUAUUUCCCCACCAGACGACCAACCGGAGACGACCGAGCUGUUCGAAUGCGGUCUGGUCGCCAACAACAAGUGCCAGGAGUUCCUCAGCGUGUGGACGGUGGGGGUCACGGGGGACUGCUACGACCCGAAGACCGGCAUCAGGCUGCUGGGCACCUCCGGAUUCAAGAAGUUGGCAUUUCAGGUGAAAACUAUUUAUAACAUUUUUUUUUGUUGUAAAGCCAUUUUGUGGGUUUAGCGUCAAAUGCAAUGCGAAUUAAUAAACUUAUCGGACGGAAUCCAAUGUUCAUCAGGUGGUUUUUCAAGAGAUUUGCAUUUGUUUGUGCUUUCGAUUGUGUUCUUCUUGUUGCUGUGUUAUUAUAAAAUGGAUGAUAAUAUAGUCUACGCACUAUUUAAAAAGAAACAUUAUUUUGUCUUAAAUAUAAAUUCAUAAACGGCAGUAGCUUAUCAUGACAAAAAAAAAAAAAUUGUAUAGAAGGGACAAAAGUAGUAUCUGUGUAAUGAAUGCGUUUUGAAAUGUAGCAGGUGAACAGAAGUCUUAUCCAAAUCUAAAUCACUUUGGUUUUAUUGGGUUAUAUUAACGAAACUGUCCUGGAUUAUUACACAAUAAAAUGUAUUUAUUGCUCAUUGGAAAAGAAAAAAAAUCCGCCGUUUAGCUUGAAAUUUGCUUGUUCCGCCCCGUUGCUUGGACUUUUUCAGUUUUAUCGGGGUGUGUGGGAGUUGAUUGCUUGAAAGGUUAUGUCAUACUAGGGAGUGGUUAUAUUAUGUUAAAGGGGUAGGGGUCGAUAAAAUAUGAUCAGUUUCUAAAACCAUUCCCCACCAAAAUAAAUAAAUUAUAUAUAUAUUUUUUUUAAAAUAAUGAUAAUAAAUUAAAAAUAUAAAAAAUUGAAUCCAUUUAUGUAAACACUUUUUCCCGAACCCCCCCCCCCCCCCCAAUGGUCUCAAUUUAUUGACACCCCAAUUUAUAAAUGACACAUUUGUAUUUCCUACAUAAGCAAUCAAUCCUGGACAAACUUUGGUGGUCUUUGGUGGGCGCAGGUUUGUUUACCGAAAAUUUCAUUCUGGUGGAAUAAGACGCGUACUGGUCUAUGAUCAUGUAAACAUUGACUUAUACCAUUCCUCGUAGGUUCACUGGAGCAACCCAGACAAGAGGACAGACUGGGAGGACACCUCGGGUCUGAUUUUGUACUACACAUCCAUCAGGUGAGUCGUGUGCGUGGCACGCCUUGGAGUUUUGAGUUCAACGUAUUUAAGAAGUCGGUAUAUUAUUAAUGGUUUUUAUUAGUUUGAUUUAAGGGUCGAAUAAAAUACUAACGGUAAUUUAAAUAUACAGAACACUCAAAAUAAACUGAUGUACUUCUUCAGUCUGUUUUGAAGCUACUUAACUAAGUCUUAUACUGACAUAACUGAACUUUUGGUUGUUCUUUUUUAUAAAUUUUUUACGUCUUUGUAAUCUUUUAACGCCAAAUGGCAGCUCUCUAUGCGCAUGCGCAUGGCACCGUUCUCAUUAACGAAGAUAAUGUAUUUUACACAUUUAUUUCACUACUUUAUUUUAUAUCUACUGAAAUACAUAUUUCAAUUUUUAAGCUUUUAAAAUUUAACAGCUCGCUUGAAGACAUACUGCAAAUUUUAACGGUAUUAUGGUUUAGAUACUUCGUACGUUUUCAAAAUGCAUUUUAAUAAGCUGAUGCGUUAUUCGCUUGUCAACGUGUUUCGUAACUCUCUGCCCCCCAAUCUCUUUUUUCGUUCCCAGGCGAAGUUACGACGCUGGUAUUUUCCUUGUUGGGUCCAAUUCGUUCCUGCUGCCCCCCAAACAGGACGCGGUUUCCGUUAAGAGCACGUGCACCUCGGGAUGCACUCAGAAUUUGUUCACAGGUCACGUGAGCGUCACCGUAGCCUGGAACCACAUGCACUUCACGGGUGGGUAACAGUUGUAAUUGUACCUGGCGCGUCAGUACAUGUACACAUGCAUUUCACAGGUUGGGUAAGCAGUUGUAAUUCUAAAUGGCGCGCAUGUGCAUGACCACAUUUAUGCAUGAAGGGUCGAUAAACAAAUUGAUAUGCCAUAUGUAUGACAAUGUAAUUCCCGUCGUAUGUUUAGAAAUAGUUCUAAGAGGAACGAUCUAUGCGAUGCAUUUUCUGAAUUAAAAACCAAAGCCGUCUUGAACGGUGAAACAUUAAUAUUUAGUAAUAGAAACAACCUUUAAUAUACAUGAGUGGUAAGAGAAUGGGAGAACAUAUACAUACAAUUGAUACACAUAUUUUUGAGGUUAAGGAUCUAAGACAAUUUUUUUAUUUGUAAUGGCUUCACACAGUGCCGGAUAAUUCUUAACUUAAAACCGGAAAUCAUUAUGUGUGAUUUCAGGAAUCAAAAUGAACAUCCAAGUGUUCAGAAAAGGUUCAUUUCUCACUGCUCUGACCAAUGAUACUGUGUUCAACUACGACAAACCCGAUAUGCAUCGCUAGUAAGUUAUUAUUUUUUUUUAAAAUUAGAACUGUUCAUGGUAAGUCAAUGUACUUGAUAAAUAAAGGGAACCUGAUAAAUCCAUUGUCCGAAGCUCGCGUCUGUGACACAUUAGGGAAUCUAUCUGAUGAACCAGCUGUCCAGUUUAGGAAUCCAUGACACAUACAGAGUUCAUCUCUAUGAACCAGCUGUCCACUUUAGGAAUCCAUGACACAUACAUAUUUCAUCUCUAUGAACCAUUUGUCUACUUUAGGAACCAGUUGUCUACUUUAGGAAUCAAUGACACAUACAUAGUUCAUCUCUAUGAACCAGUUGUCUACUUUAGGAAUCCAUGACACAUACAGAGUUCAUCUCUAUGAACCUGCUGUCAACUUUAGGAAUCCAUGACACAUACAUAUUUCAUCUCUAUGAACCAGUUCUCUACUUUAGGAACCAGUUGUCUACUUUAGGUAUCGAUGACACAUACAUAGUUCAUCUCUAUUAACCAGUUGUCUACUUUAGGAAUCCAUGACACAUGCAUAUUUCAUCUCUAUGAACCAGUUGUCUACUUUAGGAAUCCAUGACACAUACAGAGUUCAUCUCUAUGAACCAGUUGUCUACUUUAGGAAUCCAUGACACAUACAUAUUUCAUCUAUAUGAACCAGUUGUCUACUUUAGGAAUCCAUGACACAUACAGAGUUCAUCUCUAUGAACAAGUUGUCUACUUUAGGAACCAGUUGUCUACUUUAGGAAUCCAUGACACAUACAUAGUUCAUCUUUAUGAACCAGUUGUCUACUUUAGGAAUCAGUUGUCUACUUUAGGAAUCCAUGACACAUACAGAGUUCAUCUCUAUGAACCAGUUGUCUACUUUAGGAAUCCAUGACACACACAUAGUUCAUCUCUAUGAACCUGCUGUCCACUUUAGGAAUCCAUGUCACAUACAUAGUUCAUCUCUAUGAACCAGCAGUCCACUUUAGGAAUCCAUGUCACAUACAGAGUUCAUCUCUAUGAACCAGCUGUCCACUUUAGGAAUCCAUGACACAUACAGAGUUCAUCUCUAGAACCAGCUGUCCACUUUAAUAAUACCAUUUAAAUCUUUCAAUUUAUCGCAUGCUACACACAAUUUCCAAAGCAAAUACAAUGACAAGCUAAAUGUCUUCAUUACGUAAAGCCAGUUACCUUUUGAGAUAUGAGUAUAUUUAUUUGUUAUUUAGUAGAUUUCAAGUUUGAAGUUUUUAAACGUUUAAUGUUAAACGAUUGAUCAAAAAUGUAUCCUCAUAUUUUAUUUCAUAUGCAGUACAAACAACCCAGUGGUCCUCAUGCCGGGAGACGAGAUCGUCACAACAUGCACCUACUCCACCGCCAGGAGGAACCACUCUACGGUCAGGGGCCAGGGCGCCACGGACGAGAUGUGUUUCGGCUUCUUGUUUUACUAUCCUAAGCAGAAUGUGAAGAGCGAGCUGUGCCUGAGUGGUGGUCCAGACAUCAGGUGAAUACUACGCCAUGUUCUGGGUGGGCUCUUAGUAUCUAUCGCCUUUUAAGAAAUAAACUCUCACAUCUCACAGUACCAAAGACAUGGAAAACAAAGAUAACUCAUUUAAAAUUAUUUACUACACUAUACUUGUAAAUCUGUUGUUGGUUCCACUUUACUACACUAUACUUGUAAAUCUGUUGUUGGUUCCACUUUACUACACUAUACUUGUAAAUCUGUUGUUGGUUCCACUUUACUACACUAUACUUGUUAAUCUGUUGUUGGUUCCACUUUACUACACUAUACUUGUUAAUCUGUUGUUGGUUCCACUUUACUACACUAUACUUGUUAAUCUGUUGUUGGUUCCACUUUACUACACUAUACUUGUAAAUCUGUUGUUGGUUCCACUUUACUACACUAUACUUGUAAAUCUGUUGUUGGUUCCACUUUACUACACUAUACUUGUAAAUCUGUUGUUGGUUCCACUUUACUACACUAUACUUGUAAAUCUGUUGUUGGUUCCACUUUACUACACUAUACUUGUUAAUCUGUUGUUGGUUCCACUUUACUACACUAUACUUGUUAAUCUGUUGUUGGUUCCACUUUACUACACUAUACUUGUUAAUCUGUUGUUGGUUCCACUUUACUACACUAUACUUGUAAAUCUGUUGUUGGUUCCACUUUAUUACACUAUACUUGUUAAUCUGUUGUUGGUUCCACUUUAUUACACUAUACUUGUUAAUCUGUUGUUGGUUCAACUUUACUACACUAUUCUUGUAAAUCUGUUGUUGGUUCCACUUUACUACACUAUACUUGUUAAUCUGUUGUUGGUUCCACUUUACUACGCUAUACUUGUAAAUCUGUUGUUGGUUCCACUUUACUACACUAUACUUGUAAAUCUGUUGUUGGUUCCACUUUACUACACUAUACUUGUAAAUCUGUUGUUGAUUCCACUUUACUACACUAUACUUGUAAAUCUGUUGUUGGUUCCACUUUACUACACUAUACUUUUAAAUCUGUUGUUGGUUCCACUUUACAACACUAUACUUGUAAAUCUGUUGUUGGUUCCACUUUAUUACACUAUACUUGUUAAUCUGUUGUUGGUUCCACUUUACUACACUAUUCUUGUAAAUCUGUUGUUGGUUCCAGCCAUGGAAAACACAAAUUUGCGCUUUUACACACAUAUAUUUAUAUUAGUUUUGACAAUGAUUUUGUUGUUGCAAUUACGACAUCAUUGGGAUAGGACUCGGUGACUGGCUUAUAUAAUAUUUCUUUCGACGCAUACAAGUGAGAUCCUUCUCCAUUGGCAGCCAUACGCAUAAAAAAACUCUUUAAUCCAGCGUUUCUCAACCUGUGGGUCGCGACCCCUUUUUGGGGUCGAACGUCUUACACCGGGGUCGCCUUAAACCAUCGGAAAACACAUAUUUAGAAAGUAGCAAUUAAUUAUAUGGUUGGGGGUCACCACAUCAUGAGGAAAUGUAUUGAAGGGGUCGCGGCAUUAUGAAGGUUGAGAACCUUUAACCUAACCAUCCUCCUCCCCAUUUAAUGUUUAUAUCAUAAAUGGAACAACCUCCUUCAACUAUUAAUUCUCAUCAUCAUUUGUUUUAUAGCUUGUGUGAUCCUCAAGCGGGGGCCAAAUACGGCUGUCCACAAAUGUUCGACUUUACGGACCCCGACAUCGUGGCCGGUUCAUGCCUGUAUCACGAUCUCGUGAAGAACUGUAAGAAGUUUAGUCCUUGCCUGGAUGAAUGUGUCCAGUUCCUGGUCCAGGAAAAGGCCAACAACCCUUGUCUGCGAGGAGAACUCUAUGAAUUUAUACAGGUAACGUAAUACCACUAUAACGCGAUAAUGUUGGUCCACUAAAUGGAUCGCGCUUUAGAUGGACUUUACCACUCUCCGUGCGAAUAGCUUGUGUGCAAUUUAUGUUAAACAUUAUUAUUUUUAGCAUGCGGAUAUUUAAUCUCUUGUGGUUAGUUGGGUAUGUGCUUGUGUGUUUGGACAAGUUUAAUCAUUAACUAGAAUAAAUCACCCGAUGUGGGUCCUUUGCGAUAAUUUCUAACUACUAUUGUAAAAACUCAUCCCAAUUCAUAACUUUUAAAAUGUAAUGAUAUUUACGUUUCUAACAUCAUUAAGUUUUGAGAAGUGUUUUAUCUGCUAUAUAAGAUUCGCGUACCUUACUCCCUUUCACGCUCGUAGACUUCUUUUACACCUCUAAACAUGACCUUACAUUACCCAGUCUAAAUUAUUACUAAUUAUAUCACUUUUGUCACUAAGGAAGUUAAUUGAGGGACAAUUACUACGCUCGAGAAAUACUUAAGAUUUACCCAUUUUGGGGGCCUCGAAUUACAACUUUUUUCUCUCAAAACUUUUAAAAAACCUAAUCUUAAAUUUACAAUAAAAACUCUAUAUAUGAUAUAAAUAUAUUUUUUAUUACAGGAAUUCGAUAUAUUGAUAUCUUCCUCAAAAUUUUAUACAUAUUCUUUUAACAUUUUUUUAAAAUUAUACUUAAUCAGAAAAUCGUAAAACAAAGAAUUUUUUUAUCUAAGAAGAAUCUCGCAACUGUUGUUUACGCCUAUAUGCAGAUUUGACUGUCUUUUAAAAAAUUAAAUUGUCAAUCUCAUAAAAAUACACACCUCUUUACUUUUUGCAAAGUAACAACAAAAAUAUAGUUUCAUUUAAAAAAAAAAAAAGAAGAAAAUAUUAACCCUUCUUCAUUUGUCAAAAUUUAAUUUUCCAUUGUGUAAAAAUGAUUGGGUUUUGAUAUUCAUGGAUAUAGUUAUAUAAAUGCACCUAAGAUAAGAUUUGUUAACGCCGUUGAUUUUCUUAAUUGGUAAACAUAAUAUGUUUAUUUGUAAAAAGAGAAUUUGACAUCUCUUUUUUCACAAAUGGGAUUUAAAUAUAUUGGCAUCCACGUAAAAAUGUACACAUCCUUUUUCCUAUCUGCGAUAAUGUACGUACCCAAGAUGGUUAAUUAUUAAUCAAAUUACUUCCUUUAUUUUGGGACGUAUCUUGUAUUUCCUUGGGCAAAAUGAACAUAACAAUAUUUGUAAAAAGAGAAUGUAACAUCUUAUUUUUUUCACAAAUGUAAUACCAUAGGAUUUAAAUAUAUUGUCAACCACGUAAAACUGUACACACCCCAUUUCCCACCUCCGAUAUGAAUGUACUCAAGAAUGUUAAUUAUUUAUCGAAUUCAUUCUUUUAUUUCGAGACGUAUCUUGAGCUUCCUGGGGCAAAGUGAUCAACCCCUCCCUGACCCAGAUUUAAAUAAAUUUAAUCCCUCCCAUACCCAAACUAACAUAUUUUGCACUUCAUAUGGUUCGUUAUCAUUCAUAUGAGUUAUCAGUGGAUUAGUGAAUGCUAUUUGCUAUGGAGUUGCGCUGCACUGAUUGACUUAAACCGCAUUUUCUUAUUAGAAUUAUAUUUAGAGGUUAGGUUUUUUUACGUUAUAAAUUUAAUAAAAGUAUAUUUUGGGAAUAAAAAAUGCAAAACUUUGUGUGUUUAAUUAACAAUUUAAAAAGCAAUCAAUUUUAUUUAUUAAUUUUACUUUUAAGAGGGGAAAAUACAUCAUCAGUUUUGUCACGCGCAGUUAUUAAAUUUAAAGAAACCCAACAUUUUUGGUGAAAUAGGCUAUGACGUCAUUUGCGUGAUUAUUUAGAACAAAUUAAUUUUAACUUUAUUUCGCUAUAUUAUCAACGCACUAAAAGACGCACUAAACACGACUGAUACUUGGGUUUUCCCCGAUAAAUGUGGUUACGGUGUAAUUCUUUGAUCAUGAUUUUUAUUUUCCAAUAACUUUCAAACACAUAAAAUGCUUAAAAUUGUUCCUUAGUUGAUACUUUAAAUGUAUUUGUAAUUUAUAAUAAAUAAUUUAACUUUUAAGAAAAUAAAAGAGGAUUUAAAAUAUAUAUAUAUUUAUAUUAUAUUUUUUUUUUUUGCGCUUUUAAAUUCAUUUGAUUUCCGUAAAAUAAUAGAAAAUAUAUAUCAUUGUUUUUAGGAAUCCGAACGUACUUAAAUCGUAUAGGCUCUAUGGCGUUAUGUCACUGUAGCUGAUUCUAAUCUAUACUUAUCUACGAUAAAGACUUUCUUUCUACUCGCAUUUCCAUCUUUUUUGGUCUGUGGUAAUGUUUUUGUUUACGCGAGUUAUCUUUUCGCUUAGUUAAUCAUCUCGCUGCAUCUGAGUUGUGUCAACACCGCGUCUUCUUGUCUUCUUCGUUCAGUGAACGGCGUGGUACCAAAAAAAAAAGGGGAUUGUAUGUUAUAUGGGGAUUUAUGGGGCGUUAAAAAUCAAAUAAAUAAUACUUCUUUUGUCGAUAAUAAGCAUAUUAAAAUUAUAAUACUAAAAAGUAGCAAAUAAAAAAUAUAUUUUUUUAAAAAAUCUUUAAAAAAACAACAACAAAAAAACAAAAAAAAUAACAUUUCUAUCAAAGACGAGUUCACACGGGGCUGCGGUUGACAAGUCUGAGGUGGCUUGUCGAUUAGGCCACUGACCCCCUCAACGUUACCCGGGUAACAAGAACACCUUUGCGUGUCCCGCGUGGGCAGACCUGGGGCAUGCAUGGUACCUUUCGGAAUAAAAGGCUUCUACAGGGCUGCCAACUAUGACGCUUCACAGUUGGAAGUAAAGGUAGAGACAUGGUAGGGAUCAUCAUUGAAUGUUGCCGUUAAUGGCUAUGAGGCUAGAUACAAAGGUGGUAAUCUCUGGCCGAUGAUUCUCAUUAUGCAGCCAUGAGAAGCUGCUCCAAGGCAACCGUUUCGUAUCAGCUACUUCGCAAAUUAGUUGCGUGGUGGAAACCCAUUGUAGAAACCAUCUUAAAGGGCGUCCCACUCUUCACCGGGAUGGGUGGGGGAAGAUAUAAGGACGUAAAUCUUACCAUACAGACUCCUGAGAAAGUCGAUCGUGUGCACUAUGUGUGCAAACACAGUGUCGGACCGACCGGGUGUCUUUGUCUGGAGCGGCCCCCAGCGAAACCCGAUCGAGCGGACUCGGGUGGGGGCUGUCCAGGCAAAGGGACAUCUCCAACGUGCCGCUUCGCGGCCCGAUACUGGGCUUUGGGGUAGGGGUUGCUUUGGGGAUGGCAUAAGCUCGACGGCCCGCUGACGCCAUUUCUAACGUGACACCAAAGUCGAGUUUAAACGCACUAAAAAGUAAAAAAUAAAUUAAAAUUUAUUAAAAUGCAUUACGCAGAGAAAUUCUGUGUAGAAAUAUAAUACUAUGUUCAAAUAGAAAAUAACGAUAAAGAGGUCCCCUUUUUAUGUAGGUCUCCGGGGAACUCUACUCUAGAAUUUUUUUCCAAGUGUAUUUUAUUUAUUGUUGUUCCAUUCAGGUGGACAUGUUGAUGACGCACCACGCAGGGCACGAGAUGAUGGCCAUGAUGGCGUCCUGUGAGACAGAGGUCUUCAAGAAGAUGAUGCAACUUACGAUGUCACAGAUGACGACGACGCAGGCGCAUGGCAUGAACGACGACAACGUUAAUUAUAACUCAGCGCCUUUUAAUGGCGUGAUGUUGGUGUCUCGGGUUGCCGUGUUAACGACUGCCUUGCGCGUAGCUGCUUUCCUGUUCUGAUGACGAAACAGCGAAUCCCAAUCUGCCAGCUGUGCAUAUUUAAUUUUCUCACCCCUAUAGAUUUAAGCAUACACAUACUUCUUUUAAAUAUCUUUAACAACUUCUCUAAUUUCAUAAUUUUCCCACUCUUGCUAUUUUGGCACUGUUUCAACCAGCACCUCUGGAUUUAUUAUAAUAAUCGUUUACUUAGAAUUGUUUAACAUUUUUUUAAAAACUUAAGUAUAAAUUACAUAGUCCUUUUUACGUACUAACAUUAUACAAAAAUGAAUUGCAGUUUGUAGAUUUAAAAUUCCUAAAAAAAUCGAGUUUAAAAACAACAUUAAAAAUGGGGAUUAGUGGUUUUGGGAAAGGUUUAGCUACCGCAAUAAAGACCUUUCUAAAUAAUGUGUAGCGCUUCAGUCAGAGGCGUAGCGAGGGUAUUUGGCGCCCAGGGACAAGAUUCGCCCCCUGGGGACAAGAUCCAUUUUAAAGCGCCCCUUUUUCUUUUUUCCAACUCUCAAACCCAUUAUUUUCAUCAAUAAAAUAAUAUCAAAGCACAUUUUUGCGCCCGUAACAAGCUGGCGCCCGGGGACAUCUGUCCCACCCUGACCCCACCCUGACCCCACCCCCUUCGCUACGCCUUUGGAUUCAGUUUCAACAGCAAUUAUUAUAUUAUUCCUACACAAGUUUUUCAGUUUGUGAAAGAGUCUCUGUCGUUUGUAUCCUGGUCCCUGGUGUAUACAAGUUUUCAAGUAACUUCGAGAAUUAAUUUUUAAAAUAGUUUUAGAGCAGUAAGUAAAGAGAAAAAUAAGGUUAGCUGGAAAGCUUUAUUGCUUUUUAAUGAAAUUGCUUUGUCGUCGUUAUUUACAUCAUUUAUUAAAAGAGCCUACACACAGUGUACAUUAAGUUUUUACAAUGUUUUAAUUUAUGAUUAUAACACAAACCUUUAAUAAUUUGCUUAUGUGCAGUGUUGAUACUUAAUGAAUAAGGUUCUUUUUUUUUUUGGCCGCCAACCAACAUGUAUGAUCAGAAGCUACAU